UGUUUGGCAUGUUCCCAAACUUGUGUCCAGAAGGUGGCUAACAGGAUGAGGCCGGGUGGCCACGUGGGCCCCCUAGAGGGAUUACGGGCCGCGAGAAGACGGUAAAGAGAUUAGACUCUAAACAGAAUCUGCUGUCUUAACCUCAUCACUGUUGCCACUCUGACAGCACACGGGAAGCGGCCCGAGCCGAAUGUUUUCCCACCCCGUCUCUCCUCUUCCACUUUUCCCACCCCUCGCUCCCUUUCCUCGUGCAUACUGUAUAUACAGCCGACUCUGCCGUCCACUGGGAGCCAACAGCACCCUGGAACUUAUCAGCACCGAUGAGGAGACCUUUCCUUACUCUGCUCGUGGACUCAACAUAAAGACAUCCUGGAUACAUGUAUUUUUGACCUGACUUUACAAAUGACCACCUAAAGUGGAAGGACCCUGUAAAUAAAGCCACCAUGCUUUUGAAAUUAGGACUACUCUUCUUCAUGUUGCAUCUGCUUGGCCUCCAAGCAAGUCAAGUCAAAGACCUUCAGGACCACGGCAUCGCUGGACUCAGGGAUGUGAAAUACCGACACUUUCUCGAAGCUUCUAGAAUGACAAAAUACAACACUAAUAGCCGCAGAGCCAGCGGGGAUGGACAUCGGAGAAAGAGGUCGAGCAUUCUCACCACUGGGGUCAAAGUGUGUCCACAGGAGAGCGUGAAAGCGGUCAUCGGCAGCCAUCGAGCGUACUACAAGCUGCGAGUUUGCCAGGAAGCAAUUUGGGAGGCCUUUCGCAUCUUCCUGGACAGAGUACCAAACACAGAGGAGUACCGAACGUGGGUUUACACCUGCCAGCAUGAAAACCUCUGCAUGGACGACUUGGCUCAGAACUUCAGCAGCUCUCAGGAGCAUCUGGAUAUCGUAGCCCGAAGAGUGGCCGAGCAGGCCGAACUCGAAGGUGUUGUAGCCGAAACAACAGAACCUGGAGUGGACUGCACCUGGACCCCCGCAGUGAUUCUCAUCCCAGCAGAAGAUGAUGUGAUAAAAGAAGAGCCAAACAUGAUCAAAGAGAACUAUGGGGAGUACAUUGUGGAAUUCAACGCCACCAUUGUGGACCAGGCAUACAUCGAUCUGCUGCGAGACCCCCAGGCUGCAGAGGUCAAUGACAUCACCAGAGAAAUAACAGACAAGAUGCUUCAUGCGCUUAAAAAAGUGGCAGGGUUCAAAGAAAUUCGCAUGUUGGGAUUUGGCUCGGAGGGUACGACUCUGCAUUAUGCUGUGCUCUUUGAUGGAGACACUGAACUCAGUGAUGAUCCGGAGGCUCCAGGCAUGGUGACCAAUGAGGGCACUGCUAAAUUAAGAGAGAGUAUUGUCAAAGCCUUACAAAAGGAGCCGUCACUUCCGCUGGACAUCCAGAAUCUUAUCUUCGAAGCUGUAACGACAGCUUACCCAGAUGCAGAGCUCAGCAUGUAUACACUUGGGAGCGGGGAGACGAUCAAGGUCGUGGAAGAGGACAGCACCCCUAAAUAUUUCCUAACAGUGGCGGCGAUGGAAAACCAACCUCCAACAGAAACCUCUGCACCUUCCAUACCGACCACCCUGUCAAAGUCCACCUCUGUACCUACGGUCGCUGAUGAGGUGCCAGUGGCAGCAGCAGUGGAGGAGGCAUCCACUGGUGAUGCUUCAGGGGAGACGAGCGAUGUCAUCACUCCGAUUGCGACACUGGAAGCCAUCAUAGAGCAAGAAGAGGUUGAGGACACUGAGGUUCUCAGCGGAGAGCAUGUAGGAGCAGACAUGGAUGAGAAUGAUGACUUGACCCCAUCACCAGCAAACGACCAACCUGAAAUUGUGGUCAUUGAUGAAGCUAACCUUCUGGAGUACACAACCCCCGCAGUUAUGGAGAUUUUUAACACAGAAGGAGAAUUUUCAGUCUCCACAUUGUUGUCUCACGAGGAUGCGGUUGUGGACAUUGAGCCAGAGCCUGACGCGCAGCCUGUACCGUCACCUGCAGAAACCCCCAGCGAGGUCCCCAGUGAAGUUUCCACUGGAGUGUCCAGUGAAACCAACAGCGGGGCCCCGACCACAAUCCCUGUAGAAGCCCCCAGUGAUAUCUCCAGUGAGUCCCCAAGCGAGGCGCCCAGUGAGGUCUCUAGUGAAUCCCCCCGUGAAAUCCCCAGCGAGGCCCCUAGAGAGGUUCCCAAUGAGGGCGUUGGCACAGGCCCCAGUGAAGUCUCCAGUGAAGUCCUCAAUGAGGCCACCAGUGAAAUAUCCAAUGAAACCUCCAGCGAGGCCCUGAAUAAAAUCUCCAGUGAAAUUCUUAGCAACGUCCUUAGUGAAGGACCCAGCAAAACUCACAAUGCCUUCACCGAGGCUUCCGCUAAAGCCCCCAUUGAAGACUCCAGUGAAGUCCCCAGUGAGGCCCCAUUUAAAGUCUCCAGUGAAACUUCAGUGAAAGUCUUCAGUGAUCCCCCUGCCAAAGAUACCAGCCAGUUUUCCACUGAAGCUCUCAACAAGGCCCCGAGCAGACUUCCCAAUGAACUCCUCAGCAAAGUCCCUAGUGAAGCUUCCAUCGAGACCCACAGUAAGGCCCCAACUGAGGCCCCCAGCGAAGCCCCCAGCCCUUUCCCCAGUGAAGGAAAUGGAAAUUAUUCCAGUGGAGGACACAGCAGCGCCACCCUGGUCUUAGCGGACCUUCCUCCGGAGACUUCCAACAACAUACAAGAUGAUGUGGAGCCCAAACAGGGUAGGACUGAAGUGAACCAGCCCCUAGAGGAGAACAGCAGUCUUCCAUACCCUUCAGAACCGGUCGAGCGGUCUACGGUGGCCCCGGCCAUGAGACAAGCCAGCACUCCUGUGAUGGCUGCGAUGCAGCAGAGCAGAGAAUUAGUGGUUUUCUUUAGUUUGAGGGUGACCAACAUGAUGUUUUCUGAUGACCUUUUCAACAAGAGCUCCCCUGAGUAUAGAUCACUGGAGAAUACCUUUCUCGAGCUGACUCAGCACCCUGGGCCCAGAAACUCGCCAAUUCCUGGAGCAUCCAGUAAAUCUGGGCCUAGGAGACAGACAACUUUAGCCUCCAUACCGCUUCUACCGUAUCUACAGUCCAAUCUGACCGGCUUCAAGCAGCUGGAAAUCCUCAACUUCCGGAACGGCAGCGUGGUAGUGAACAGCAGGAUGAAACUGGAAAAGGAGGUACCGUACAACGUGACCGAGGCGGUGCACUGCGUGCUGGAAGACUUCUGCGGUGCCGCGUCCAAGCGGCUUGACAUCGAGAUUGAUAGCCGCUCCUUGGAGAUAGAACCAGCCGACCAAGGGGACCCGUGCAAGUUCUUGGCCUGUAAUGAGUUUUCACGCUGUGUGGAGAACAGUUGGACCAACGAGGCUGAGUGCCUGUGUGACCCGGGCUACAGCGCCGUGGACGGCCUUCCGUGUCAGAGCACGUGCGUCCUGCAGCCAAACUACUGCCUCAAUGGAGGCCUGUGUGAAAUCAUUCCUGGGCAUGGAGCCGCAUGCAGAUGCCCUGUAGGGAAAUAUUGGCACUACCACGGAGAGCGCUGCAGCGAGCUGGUGUCGAUACCCCUCGACCCCUCACUAAUUAUAACCUGCCUGGUGGGGAGCCUCUGCUUGGUUUGCGCCAUCAUCGGUGUUUUGGUCUUUGUUAACAAGAAGUGCACAAAGACGAGAAAGGCGGUGACUUUGGUGCACAGCCUUGCGCCCUCCGCCUUUGACAAUACUUUGAGGGUGAACCCAGUAUAUGAGAGUGACGAUGGCAUCUUAAGUCAAGUGUCCACAUUGCCUUGUCCCUCCAGUUCGUCCUCCUCCCGGUCUGAGCAGGAACUUUACGGCUCAGUUGAAAACAUACAUCUGAGUAUUGAGAUCCCCAGACAACUCUACACCACAAGAUCCGAAAAGUUAGUCUCGGAGCUGGUGGACUUCCAUCAAUGCAUCCCGCACAAUGAGACGUGGCGACUGCCAAAUGAGUACAGAGCGUGUUUUCUUCUGUGGACGUCAGACGGCGAAGGCGGCGAGGCCACCGUGGUGUGACGGCGCCCGGCGUCCUGGGGCUCCGGUUGCCUCGGCGACACACUGCACCACUCCCCAACCCCUGACCGAGGCUACGUCUAUGCAAAAUGUACAUUGAUGCCACGCCCCCCUCCCCUGUAGAGAGCAGUUAGGUCAUGAAUUGUUCAUGUGUCUUGUGUCUUGAGAGCUAUGGCUAUUCCAAUACAUGUGUGGAUUGAUGUCGUUUUCAUGUGUGAAUCAAAUAUUUAUUACACAUAAUGAACAGUAGGAACAUUUCCUGUAUGCUACACCCUUGGCAAAGGCUGUUCUUUCCUCACAAUGAGGUAUUUAUUAUUUACCGGUACAGUGAUACACAUGGUGGUACCUCACUUUAGACCUUCUCUUUAUGCUCCCGCCCCCAUAAAGAAAGUGUGACUGUAUCCGCUGAUGAUAUAUAGGUUGUUCCAAAACAGUUUAAUCAUUCAUCUUUUCAGAUUUAGUUUUUUUUGUACAUGUUUUACAAUUAAAAUAAACAAUAAAAUGUUUUUGUAUUAAAUGUAUUUGUUUCUUGAAAAGUGUUAGAUUGUAACGGUAAUAGUAAUAGAAAAGGGACUUACAAGAUGUUGAACUCCAGAGAAGAAGCUCAUGGACAAAAGUCUAUAUUAUUUUGCAUCUGCAGAAAGUGAAUGCAAAAAGAGCAGGAAGGAGGCAUAAACUACAAAAAAGGAGGCACAG